AUGGGUUUCAACACGGAACUCACGCGCCAACUGGGCAUUGAAGUACCUGUUGUUCAAGGUGGCAUGCAAUGGGUUGGCUAUGCCGAGCUAGCGUCCGCAGUAUCAAAUGCUGGCGGUUUGGGAAUCCUUACUGCCCUCACUCAGCCCACCCCUGAAGACCUGCGCAAGGAAAUCCGAAAGACAAGAACUCUUACUAAGAAGCCAUUUGGUGUCAACAUCACCCUCCUUCCUACCAUGAAUGCUCCUCCCUAUAACGAAUAUGCUCAAGUUUGUAUCGAUGAGGGUAUUAAGGUUGUUGAGACGGCCGGCAACUCUCCUGGGCCUGUCAUCAAACUGUUAAAAUCUGUCGGGAUUAUCAUUCUCCACAAGUGCACCACAAUCCGACAUGCGGCAUCCGCAGUGAAGUUGGGCGUUGACUUUCUUUCGAUCGAUGGCUUCGAAUGUGCGGGCCACGUUGGAGAGUCAGAUAUUACCAAUUUCAUUCUAUUGACCAGGGCAAGACAGUCGCUGGGGGUGCCUUUCAUCGCCUCUGGUGGCUUUGCCGACGGCCAGGGACUUGCAGCGGCAUUGGCUUUGGGGGCCGAGGGUAUCAAUAUGGGCACGAGAUUUAUGUGCACUGUCGAGGCGCCAAUCCACAUCAACAUCAAGCAGGCAAUCGUGGAUGCUUCGGAACAUGAUACUGAGCUUGUCAUGAGGCGGUGGACAAAUACUUCGAGACUUUUCAAAAACAAGGUCAGUGCUGAGGCUGCCAGGAUCGAAAAGACCAGCACUACCGGUAAAUUUGAGGAAAUUGCCCCUUAUGUCUCUGGCAAGCGCGGGCGAGAGGUCUUCAUCAAUGGAGACAAGGACUUUGGUGUCUGGACCGCUGGCCAAGUUAUUGGUCUGAUCCACGACAUUCCUACAUGUCAAGACCUGCUCGCGAGAAUCGAAAAGGAGGCCGUUGAAGCAGUGGACAGAUCCCGGAAGGCUUUCCAGCCUCAGAGCAAGCUAUGA